AAAGGAGUCCAACCCGAGCCGCGAGAAUCGCCACAAAUUCCCCGCCGCGCGCCAGCCACACACGCCGCCGGCCACCGGCCUCCCAGCGAAGCCGGCGUCUCCAGCCUUCUUGGUCAGACUGACCCGGCGGCGGCGGCGGCGGCGGCGAGCGUGUGUGUGGAGGAUGGGCAGCCUCGGCGGCGGAGAGGAGGGUGCGAGGCCCGCGGGGCGGAGGCCGAGGUUCCUCUGCCUGCACGGGUUCCGGACGAGCGGCGAGAUCAUGCGGAAGCAGGUGGUGGGGAAGUGGCCGGCCGACGUCACGGCGCGCCUCGACCUCGUCUUCGCCGACGCGCCUUUCCCCGCCGAGGGCAAGUCCGACGUCGAGGGCAUCUUCGACCCGCCCUACUACGAGUGGUUCCAGUUUGAUAAGGAUUUUACAGAGUACAGGAAUUUCGACGAAUGCCUGAACUACAUCGAGGAGCUGAUGAUCAAAGAUGGGCCUUUUGAUGGAUUGAUGGGUUUCUCCCAGGGUUCGAUUCUGUCCGGCGCGCUCCCUGGGCUCCAAGAACAGGGGUUGGCCCUGACUAGAGUUCCUAAGAUCAAGUACCUCAUAAUCAUAGGAGGCGCCAAGUUUCAGUCACCGACGGUUGCCGAGAAGGCGUACGCCAACAAGAUCAAAUGCCCCUCGGUUCACUUCCUCGGCGAUACCGACUUUCUGAAAACCCAUGGCGAAAAGCUUAUAGAAUCAUUCGAGGAUCCAUUCAUCGUACGUCAUCCAAAGGGCCACACAGUUCCAAGGCUUGAUGAGAAAAGUCUAGAAGUCAUGCUUCGUUUCCUGGACAAGAUUGAGAAGGAGACGGCGCUAGAGCAUUCAUCUGCUGAUGUUGACGAAAAGGAAAUGCGUUUGUGAUAGGAUAGAAGAUCAGUAUCCAGAUACACACCAAAUUCAUACUAAGCAUACUGUUGUAUCCUCCUUAUUUAUGUGAUGGUGCAAAGUGUUUUCAAUAAUCUCGCAAAAUGAAUGGAUUUCUACUCUUCGAUAUG